AUGGCAGAUGCAGCAGCAAGUGUGACUGAUCGAGCAGCAACGGAAGAUUUAACACCGUCUGCAACAAUACGUGAUGGUAUGCGUGUGUAUUUUGUCAUGGGUGCAAUCGGUUGGCUCACAUUUGAAUUGGGACGGAUGAAAUUACAAAGUGCCUACUACUGUCGUGAUAAUAAAAUUGAGACAAGAAAUGAAACCGUAGCGAAAUGUCGGGAUGCAAAAGUGUUUCAAUGGAUAAAAGUGCUUUUAUUUACCACGGACGAGGAGAUUUUUGAACAUUGUGGGAUGGAUACAUUGUUUUUCUUACGGUUUUUACGAUUUUGUGAGAAAGUAGCAGCAGUGGGUAUCGUGUGUUCUGCUGUGAAUUUUCCCAUUUACUAUUAUGCCAAACGUAGUUCAUUAGAUGCAUUGUACAUGAUGACGUUGUCACAUUUAGAAACGGAUAUGACAUGGCGGUUUGGCUUUACAGUUGUUACCAUGUAUUUGGUCUCAAUGUGUACAUGUUUUUUACUUUGGAAAGAGUAUGAAGAAUACAUACGUCGACGUCACGAGUUCAUGUCGAGAAAACAUUCGCAACAGUAUACGGUGGUGUUGAAUGGGUUACCACCAAACCUUUGCACUCAGCAAACGCUUCGAAACUACUUGGAACUGCUAUUUCCACACUCGGUUCUUUAUGUGUACGUGGCAUUAGAAUGUCGUGCUUUAGAAAAACUGGUGGCAGAACGUGUUAAGGUGCGCAACAAACUGGAGCAUGCUCUUGCUCAAAGUGCUAAAACAGGAGAACGCGUCUUGAUGAAGGAUAAACUGCUAGGAGGUAAGAAAGUGGAUGCAGUGGAGCAAUUCCAAGACCAAUUGAAGCAACUUAAUGAUGCAGUGGAGAAGGAGAUGCAUUUCAUUCUGAGCAACCAAGCGACAGUGACUCGGCAUCUUGUGGAAUCUAGUACAGAUGACGACAUCAGAGGGUUUGACCAGAAUCUUGAAUCGGCGAGAAGCAUCAAUUUUGUAAACAAGGAAGAAAGUUUGGACGGUGAUGCACUGGAAUCGAGGUACAUUAGGGGACUGAAGCGGCAAGACAAGAAAGUGCUUGGAAUUAUGCGCGCAGCGGGUUUUGUCACUUUCCGGAGCCUCAAGGUGGCUCAGUCCUGCACUCAGAUUCUACAAAGUGCAGAUCCUACGCAGAUGAAGGUAGAACCUGCUGACCACGCGGAUUACGUGGUGUGGCCGAACAUCGGUCUGUCGAAAAACACUAGGGACACGUGGUUUAUGAUAUCGAUGGGUCUCAGUACUGCUAUUAUCUUGCUGUGGACUGUGCCGACAGGCAUUGUUGUGUCCUUUGCUAAGGUAGACUCGCUAGAAAAACAAUGGUCGUGGCUAGCCCAGGUGAUCCAGGACUACCCGUGGGUCAAGUCUGUUGUGGAGCAGGUCUCUCCACUGAUGCUGUCCGUCAUGACGGCAUUAGCCCCGAUCAUUUUUGGUCUUUUGUCCAAGCGUGAAGGCCAUGCUUUUGCGUCUCAGGUGAACGCCUCGCUGCUCAACAAGUUGGUGAUCUACCAGAUAUACGUGACGUUUUUGCUGCCCAUUAUUGGUGGUACCGUCAUUGAUGCCGUCAUUGGGUCAGGUGACUCAAGCCUAACGGAUGUGAGCACCAUUCUUACAAUUGUUAGCGAUUCAGUGGCAGUGCAGUCAUCCUUCUUCAUUACAUAUUUGCUUGUCAGGACGGGGAUCAAUCUGACGCUAGUCCUGCUGCGUGUGGUUCCGAUCGUCAAGGCUGCCAUCUAUCGAUUCUUUGCACCUAAGCUUACGCCUCGCGAGCAGUCUUCUGCUUGGUGUGGUCUCAACUCGCUGUCUCACCCUGAAGACUUUAGUGCGUCCGACCAGGUGUCUGAGUACUUCUUGGUACUGAUGCUCGUGUUGGUGUUCUGCGCCAUCGCUCCCAUCCUCAACUACUUUGCGAUGAUCUACCUGCUGUUGUCGGAUAUCGUGUACCGUUGGGCAGCGUUGUGUGUUCACGAUCCGUCAACACAGACGUCAGGUACAUUCUUUCCGUCGCUGUACCGGUUCGUCAUUGGUGCGCUCAUGUUUGCUCAGAUCAUCAUGGCGUCGGUGCUGGCCACCAAGCAGGUAGCAUUGCCUGCGACGUUUUCGAUUAUUCUCCCGUUCGUUACGCUGGGUUUUCACCUGUUCGUGUCAUCACGCUAUCCGAACAUCGCUCGAAACCUUCCACUCGACCAGGCCGUGAUGAUUGACUCGCGUCGUUCGCGUCAAAUGGAGGAUCUUGAGCGUGUGUUGGAGAAUAUGUACGUACAACCGGCGAUGCUCGAACGUGGUCCGCUGAAGCCGGACUAUCAAGGACUGAGCAGCCACUUGAAUCCGGAGAACCAGCUUGCGUCACCUCCGCCUGUCGAGUUUCGGUCCCAAGACAAGCAGAUCUACUCGCCGACAGAAUAUUCAAGAAAGUGA